AUGGAAGAUGCCCAGUUGGGGAAUGUGGGUGAAGAAGAGUUGAGCCGAAUGGUUGAUGAGACUACUGAAAUUGUUCGAUCGGAAAACGGUUCUGGUUCAAUGGAAGAACGGUUAGAAAAUAUGGGCUAUGGGUUGAAAGCUGAGGUUUUUGACAAGGUGUUGCAAAGGUGCUUUAAAAUGCCACGUUUGGCUUUGAGGGUUUUCAAUUGGCUGAAGCUCAAGGAAGGUUUUAGGCACACAACGCAGACUUAUAAUACCAUGUUGUGCAUUGCUGGAGAAGCUAAGGAUUUUCGGUUGGUGAAGAAGUUGGUGGAGGAAAUGGAUGAGUGUGAAGUUCCAAAGGAUGUUAAUACGUGGACCAUUCUCGUAUCAUACUACGGGAAGGAAAAGAGAAUCAGUGAGGCGUUGUUAGCCUUUGAAAAUAUGAAUAGAUGUGUUUGUGAACCUGAUGCACUUUCAUAUAGAGCUAUGAUUUGUGCGCUCUGCAGUUCUGGGAAGGGCGAUAUCGCAAUGGAGAUCUAUAAAGAUAUGAUUCAAAAGGACAUGGUGCUUGAUGCGAGGUUGUAUACGAUGCUCAUGAACUGUGUGGCUAAAUCCGGAGAUGUUUCAGCUGUUAGUGUGCUUGGAAAUGACAUGACACGAUUGUCUGUCAUGCCAGAAAACGAGAUUCAUGGCUCUAUGUUAAAGAGUUUAUGUAUUUCUGGAAAGAUUAAAGAAGCUUUGGAAUUGAUUCGUGACCUCAAAAAUAAAGAUAUAGCUCUUGAACCUGAGUUUUUUGAGACCUUAGUGAGAGGGCUGUGUAAGGCAGGUAGGAUUUCAGAUGCUUUUCAGAUUGUUGAAAUUAUGAAGAGAAGGGAUACUGUUGAUGGGAAGAUCCACGGGAUUAUCAUAAAUGGGCAUUUAGGUAGAAAUGACAUUCAGAAGGCACUUGAUGUGUUUCAAAGCAUGAAAGAAUCUGGUUAUGUACCUACAGUUUCCACAUAUACAGAACUGAUACAGAAACUCUUUAGGUUGAGUAGGUACGAAGAAGCUUGUAUGCUGUAUGAUGAGAUGCUAGGAAAAGGAAUUAAACCAGAUAUUGUAGCAGUAACAGCCAUGGUUGCAGGUCAUGUUUCACGAAACCAUAUAUCUGAAGCAAGGAAAAUUUUCAAGAGUAUGGAGUGCCAAGGCAUCAAGGCCACUUGGAAAUCAUAUUCAGUAUUUAUUAAGGAGCUUUGCAAGGCUUCAAGGACAGAAGAUAUCCUCAAAGUAUUGGAUGAAAUGCAGGGUUCAAAGAUUGCAAUUCGAGAUGAAGUAUUCCAUUGGGUUAUAACUUAUUUGGAGAACAAAGGUGAAUUUGCUGUGAAAGAAAAAGUCCAGCAGAUGUAUACAGCAUCUAAACUGGAUCCUGAAAAAUUCAGUGAAUCCAAAAAACAAGUGUCUGUGAGAAUUAAGGUUGAAGAGGAUGUGAGAGUAGACCAAUUGAAGUCGGAAAAGGUAGAUUGCUCCUUAGUGCCGCACCUUAAGACUUACAGUGAACGAGAUGUUCAUGAAGUUUGUAGGAUCCUAUCAUCCUCUAUGGAUUGGUCCUUAAUCCAAGAAAAAUUAGAGAAAAGCGGGCAUCAAGUUCACCCCAGAAUUUGUUGUUGA